AUUUUUCCAAGAUGGCGACUUUCGUCUAUGAUAGUACUUCGGACUACUUCCAGGGUGUGAUGUCUAGAUUGAUUGAUUGAUUGAAUAUUGUUUAAAGAGACACUACAGCUCAUUUUGCGCAAAAAUCAUGAAAUGACAAUUUUCCCAGCGCUUUCUCAAUUUUUGUUGCAUUGUUGAAAGUAUGAACUUUGCGAAAAUAACACUUAUCUAAAGUUAAAAAUUAUCGUUUUAACGUAAAAAUUAAUACUUUUUAAUGGCCUAUACACAAAAUAUCGAGUCUCCUCCUUUCAGUCUUCAGACGCAUGCGCAUAGACAGUAAACAGUGCAGCAUGUCGUCCAGAGAGAGAAAGUGUAGUUGAUAGAUCUAGAAAUUUGACAGAUUCUGUGAGAAAAGAGGUAAAAUUAGAAUGAGAUAAAACUCAUACGUGAAAUAAAAUUUACCUUGGUAUCAGUUUGACCGUUGGAAAACAAAGAGCUCGAAGAAACACAUGUAACUCAGUGGCGGAUCUAGGAUUUCCGAAGAGGGGUGUGAAAGUCAAAGAUUAGCCAAAGUAAUCGGCCAUUCUGGUGCAAAAUUUGGAUUUUCAUUCACAAUCUGUGGGGUAAAAAGGGAGGGGGAUCCUGGCCCCCUAAAUCUGCCAUUGAGACUAGCUGCGAAGACACCACGUUUAAAAGUAAGUGCUAUUUUUAUCUGAACACGACACGUGUUAGUUGUAAAAACAUCGGUCAGUGGGAACAUGGAAGGUUUCUGUUGAAAUAAUGAUUUAUAAUUACUUAUUAUAAGGAGCAGGGAAUAAUCUUAUACUUGAAAGGUGAGUGUGGACCCCCUUGAAGGGGAAUUUAAAUAAUUUCCUACAGAACACCUUUGCUGUCAUUCAAAACCACGUGAUGUAAAUAAGCAUUCAAAAGUCCGAGUCAGCAUGAAGAAACCUUUGAAUUCCGAACGAUCUUCAAAGCGCAGUUGAGAGUAAAUUGAUGCAUCCCAAUUAUUCAAAAUUGUCAGUAUCGAUAUGAAAUUUAUCAUUUUAUCAAUACAUGGUUUUAAAAACACUUUAUUAAAAUGUGGAAAAUGAGCUGUAGUAUCUCUUUAACGUCCCUCUCGAGAAUUCUUUACUCAUAUGGAGACGUCACCACUGCCGGUGAAGGGCUGCAAAGUUUCGGCCUAUGCUCGGCACUUAUAUGGCCAUUGAGCAGGGAGGGACCUUUACCGUGCCACAACUGCUGCGACACGGGAACUCGGUUUUUUUGCGGUCUCAUCCGAUCCAUUUAGUCGCCUCUUACGACAAGCAAGGGGUUUCUGAGGACCUAUUCUAACCCGGAUCCCCACGGGGCCACACGGGGAUGUCUACACGAUAAAUUACCAAUAUAUCAAAACGACUUGAAAGGGGACCCAGAAGACAAGCCAUUAUGACAUGCAGAUUUUGAUUUUUUUUUUUUUUUUUUUAAAUGUUUGAAAAUCAGCAGGACGGUCAGAAAAUGAUUGGUUCCUGAUAUCUGAGAGACACGUCUGGGAAAUAUAUAAGGAAAGAUUACUGUCCAGCAAGACAAUAAUUACUUAAUCACCCAAAUCACACAUUGAUGUGUCUGUUUUGAGGUUAAACAGUGUUUAAAAUCAUUAAGUAGUGGUAAUAUUAUUGAACUAUAUAAUAUAAAAUAAUUUGCAUUGAAUUCAAUUUUUGGUGACAAAAUGACAGCUAAUGCGCCGCCCCUUUAAUUAGUCUUGUUAAAACUUCACGCAUGCGUUCUUCUAUAGCGAUAGCUAACUAUAGUCUGACGCCUAUAUUGAAUGAUUGUAAAACCUUCAGGCGAUUUCAUGCUUUGAUGUAAUUACAUAAACCGAUAAAGGAAAUCGUAUUUUGUGUUUAAAUGUCUUGAUAUUCUCGCGAAUCACUGACAGCCAUGUAACAACCAAACACCGGACUCUAUUAAGGUACUACUCUACAUCGUCAUAAUGGCUGACUUCCUUUAAAAACAUGGAUGAAAAAAUCGAUAUCAGCAAUAUCUAACUUUUCCUUUUCCAUUUAAAUACAUAGCCGCUAGCUCAGUAGGUUAGAAUACCGACUGCUGAACUGUAGGUCGCAGGUUCGAGUCCAGCAGGGGUUUUAAAUUUUUUUUUAGAUUACCUUCUACUAAAACUGUAUUUUUUGACAAAAUCAAGUAAAUUUGAAAAUGUUCAACCUCAAAAUAUUGUUGUACAUAUUCUCCACUUUCCAUCUACAACAACUUUCUCUGGUGUAGCAUACCUCCUUAACGAGUUAUUUUUUUCUUCUUGAAUUUCUAUUAUAUUGUAUUUUUAUUCCUCUCUUAUGGAAACCCCGGGGAAUACAAGUUUCCACCAUAUUCACUUCAGGUGACAUGGACACACCGCAAGUCAGGGUUAAGGAGGUAUACCACACGCUCAUAAUGGCUGACUUCCUUAUAAAACAUGAAUGUCAGAAUGAAAAUAUAGAUAUCUGCAAUAUGUGUAUAUUCCUUCAUGAUUUGAUUGCCUUUCUGGAUAGCUAAGUCGGUUAAUGUGUCAACUGUUCUUGGGUUCAAGUACAGCAGGGAUGUUUGACCCCCCACCCCCACCCCCAAUUACCAUCUAUUAAAUCUACAAAGACUAAAUUCAAAAGUUUGCAAUUCAAAAAGCGAUAUUCUACAUAUCCUUCUCCCUUAUAAUUUUUUCUGGCGUGUUAAUCCUCCUUAACAGAAGAAAACGUUGAACCGCAUUCUUUAAUGUAGGCCGUGUCCUUCACGUGUAUUUUAUUGCUUCAAUCGACUGAAACCAAAUACUCGCCCUUCACGCUUCACUGAUUCUAUCAUUAAACUAUCAAGUAUGAAAUUUACACGGGCGUUAGAAUAUUUCAACCCAGACGUUAUGAGUUAGUAGCCGUAGUAAAUACAAUAUUGAUAGUUGCGUAUUGUUAUUUUUUUCAGCUUUCGAUUGAACAAUAUUCAAAAUGUUGGGGAUCCGGCAUUUAAUCCUAGCAGUUGUUCUAUGGAAGAUAUACGUCAUCUUAGCGGGGAAUUUUACCGUUUCCGUGGAAUGGUAUCCAGGGAAGUUCCGAACGUACAGCUAUAAUCGGAGCGCCUUGGGAGAGUGCGUGCUGUCCAUGGAACAGGACGUUGUUCGGUGCAUGCGUAAUCACAAGUUUCAGCUUAUUGAGGACCAAUGGCGGUACUACCCUCAAAACAUCACAUAUCUCGCCGUCAACUGUCUUAAACAGGAGUACUAUUCUUCUCCAAGGCAUGUCUGUAUAUGUAAAAGAGGAAAACAAGCCGCUAGCGCUCAACAUUCCCGGCAACAUGACGAAUUUUACUACUGCCAGCUUCGGAAACUAUCAAACAAAAUGUUCGCCUCUCUCCGUAACUUGCAAGUAUUAGAUUUGUCGGACAAUCUGAUUAUCAACAUAGAAGGCGAUGCUUUGAGAUCAGUGACGUCAUUGAAAUAUCUGGACUUGAGCAGAAAUCCCAUGCAAACUCUCGCGGCGGGAUUUCUCUGCGAUGCUCCUGGACUUGAGAUUUUACUGAUGCAAGGGACCCAUUUCCAUGGAUUCCCCAUCCAUAUCUUUGAUUGCUACGGAAAACUUCUAAACCUCUCCUAUAUUGACUUCAGUGAUAGCCUAAUGCAUUCCAUUCCCCACAAUGCAUUUCGAAACAUUCCGAAUGUGCAGGCACUCAAUUUGACGUCCAACAAUAUUAAUAAUAGUCUGAUUCUGCGCGACGCCUUUGUGGGACUAACACAGUUAGUAUCUAUCGACUUUACUGAGAACGAUUUAACAUCGAUACCGGAAACACUCUGCAUUCACGCGCCACAACUACGAUAUUUAUACAUGUGCGAAAACAGAUUGACAGUGUUUGAUUUUCAGGCCAUAGAAGCGUGUCAGAAUCUUCUAUUUCUAGAUUUGUCGCAUAACGAUAUCAAAAGUUUGGUAGGAGCCAUUGAGCUACCGUCUCCCUUGUUAACUCUCCGAGUGUCGAAGAACUUUAUUAGCGAGCUGUCCGAUGACGGUUUUCUUCGUGGGGCGGGAAAUUUGACGACACUUGAUUUAUCUAUGAACAUAAUCAACCGAAUUUCUGCCAAUGCAUUUCAAGGACUUUCCUCUCUUCAGAAACUAGACAUAUCCGACAACUCGCUGAAAAAUUCCACAUUGCCCCCCUUCUCACUACUACAAUCCCUAACAGAACUCGACAUCAGUGUCAAUUCUUUCAACACUAUCCAGUCGGGGUUCUUCAAUGGAUUGAACAACUUGAAGGUUUUGAAUUUGUCUCGAAAUGAUUUGGAACUUUUGCAGGACCGUGCUUUUGACGGCCUGGGACGUCUAACAACUCUAGACCUACGUCAUAACCACAUCUUAAAAUUUCCAGACGGGGUUUUCUCGCCUUUGACGGGGCUCAAAACAUUACUUCUGUCUCAAAACAGAAUCUUGACUUUGGAUACUGUGAACUUUCCGAAAUCCAUUGUCACCUUGGAUAUAGAGGAAAACAGAUUAGAACAUUUUCCAAAUUCUCUUUCAGACACAAACGUCAAAGAAGUGAAUUUGGAUUUUAACGAAAUCUCGGUGUUAGCCAUGUCACCGACGAUGAAUUUUUCAUCCAUCACCUCGCUGUCACUAUUCAGAAACAGACUCAGAAAUUUUGAGGAAAAUUCGUUUCAAACAUUUACUAAUCUUCAGCAUCUAAAUCUCUCUGAUAAUCACCUCGUUCUAAAUCUAUCACGUGAUUAUUUUGGCGGUGCUGAUUCGUUGAUUACAUUGGACCUAUCACGAAACGCCAUACAAAGCAUCAACGGAAUGUUCGCAACCUUUACGUCCCUGUACAAGCUUCAAACACUCGAUCUCUCCAGAAAUCCGAUAACACAUGUCAAAAAUCUGAUACCUCAACUUCUAAAUAUGAAUGCUUUUCAGGACAUUAGUCUUCAAAACAUUUAUCUCUCGUUUUGUAACAUCUCUCAUGUUUCCGAGGAUGUGUUCGAUGGGUUCCCGUUUUUAAAUUGGGUGGAUUUAUCCGGAAACAAGUUAACUGGGAUAAAACCCUUCAAGACACCUAGUUUAAACACGGUUUACAAACUCACAAGAAAUCCAUUUCAGUGUUCCUGCUCGAUGAGAUGGCUGACAGAAAAUAACAUAAAAAUGAACGACGCGUGGAUUUCUACCCACCAUUAUGUGGUAGGCAAUUGUAUCGUGUUCCCGAAAAAUUACACAAUGAAAAUCAGAGAAGUACCCAAGUUCAAUUUCCUUUGUAAAACACAAGACGAAUGUCCUGAGAAAUGUUCUUGCUUGGGAACUUCUGAAAGCAACAACACGGCGGUGUCCAUAUGCACUGCUGUCACCCGUGUUCCACACGAGAUACCCAGGACUUCAGUACGAAUAUACCUAGACGGAAAUUCUUUGUCGAUUCUAAAUUUCACGAAACGAAUACAUGAUUCUUUUUUAACCGAGGAGCUCUACAUUAAUAAUAGCAAUGUGAAAUUUCUAAGUAGAGAUUUUUUCCGACCAUUUAUAGCCCUGAAAAAGUUGGUUUUAUCUGAUAAUAACAUAGAAAAGUUACCAAUGAAUAUUUUUGCCGAUCUGAAAAACCUUGAAGAAUUGUAUCUUAGAAACAAUUCUUUACAGACAUUUAUAUCCGAAGACAUGCCUGCUGCAAAAGAUUUGAAGUUGUUAGAUAUUAGCCAUAACAAAAUAAGCCACCUUGAUCCCAGUGUUCUUGAGAAUAUGAUAGGAAAGAUAUAUCUAAAUUGGAUUUUCAUCGGAAGUAAUCCCUAUAUAUGUAAUUGCCAGAACCAAGCUCUGCGAUACUGGAUCGAUGAACACAUAAGCCGGAUUCUUGACCGCGAUUCAGUCUUUUGUCAAAAUAAUCGAGAAUUGCUUCGUAUUGAAAAAGAAUAUUUUACCUGUGUGACCGAUACGGCCACGUUGUCCUCCAGUCAGAAAAAAAUAACUGUGACGUCAGUGAUUCUUGUGUGCGCUUUGUUACUUGUGUUUGUUUCCUGCUUCUAUUUCCGACGUGACAUCAUCGCUGUUAUGGGUACGAAACUAAACAUCAAAUGCUUACGUCAUAAGUACGACGAUCACAAAGUUUACGACGUAUUUUUGAUGUAUGAUUUCAAUGACCCCAAGGGAUCUGAUUGGACCAACAAAGAGCUCCUUCCAAGGUUGAUUCAAAAUGGCUACAAAUUCACGACUUCGGAAUCGGUGGAUUUGGCGAAUAGUCUUCUCCUAACUGUGAAUACAAAUCUACAGGACAGUAAAUGUGCUGUAUUCGUGGUAACGAAAUACAUAUCUAACAAUCAGUACUGUAUGAAUUGCUUCCGGGUUGCCUUCAGGCAUGCGCAGGAGCAUGCUAAUUUUAAAUUGAUUGUAGUAGUCGUCGGUGACAUAGAUCAUUCCAUUUUGGAACCGGAACUGAGAAAACGUUUGUCAACCGGAAAUUACAUCACGGCGCGUUCCCGAUUCGUAUGGGAAAGACUAGCGUACGAAUUACCGGAAAAGCGUCAUCGUUUGGAGCCUUUUAGUCACGACAAUGAAGGUGAAGAAUUCGACACUGGUGUUAUCGUGUAUAAAGCAGCAGGACCCGGAUGUACAGAUGAAUAUGACUCUGUACAAAUAAGAUAAAAAUAUCUUGAGACGUUUCAGAUAGAGAUAAUGUUUGGAGAGAGAGAGACAGAGAGAGAGAGAGAGAUUUUCAUUACAUUAUUCAGCCUGAGUAGGUAAUAUUUGCUUCAUAAUAAACAAAAUAGUGUGUUCUUGAAUCCAGUUGUAAGUAAAGAGUCACAUGACACGGAAAUUGAAUUACACAUAUAUACGUGUGAUGAAUGUUUAUUGAGAAAGUAUCGUAUGUACAGUGUGUGUUUUGUAUAUUAUCAGUGCAUUUCUUGUUGUAAAGAUUUCAAUUCCAGAUUAAAGUUUGUUAACAAUGCUUGCUACAAACUUUUUUCUUGUUGAAGAAAUAUGAAAAUGAAAGAAGUUUUGUUUUUGUGAGUAAAAUGAAUACAAUUUA